UCCUCAAACUUGGGAAGUAGCUUGGACUGUCCUUUUUUUGUCCGUCGGCUUUGGAAAGGCUGACCCUAGUAAGGUUUUUUUUUUUCUGUAAUUGUUUGUGUUGCUCUUUAAUGACCAGGACGCACAAUGGGUGUUAAACCUCAUCUGAGCAGUUUGUGGCUCGCGCUGCUGUUUUUGGGAAGCGUGGUGUGUUUAAGUGUUCAGUACAACUCGCACAGGCUCAGAAACAAAAACUGGUGCGCGUUUAUCGUGCAGAAGAACGUGAGCUGCGCAGUGCGCGCGGAUUUUCCCGCAGCGGUUGAAGCUGAAGCUGCGCCCUGUCCUGUAAACCAGCCAGACUGCGAGCCAUCAGUGAUGUAUCGCACCCAUUUCCAACCCAUUUACAGAAUUUCCUAUAAGACAGUUACUGAACUGGAAUGGAGGUGUUGUCCAGGAUAUCAAGGUCCAGACUGCAAAGAACUUAAAGGCAUCCCAAAUCAACAGAUGCUAGUAAAACCUCAACCAAAGCCACAUCAUCAGCCAUAUACUGGAUACACACAAAACUCGCAAAGGCCAGAGAGUCAGGAGGCAGAGCAGUACAACACCUACCAAGAGGUUGAGAAAACUCGUCAACUGGAAGAAGAAGUGCAACGCCUUUCUCAGACAGUUCUGGACCUCCAGGCAGCCAUGACUAGCAUGACGGCGAACCUACGCACCGAUUUACAGGAGGACACCAGCAAAAUGCUCGUCAGUCUCCUCAGCAACAUGCAUGUGCAAGACAGUGCAAAAACAGGAGGCAUAGAGGAAAGCGAGGUGCAUCUGGAUGGGCACCAGGCCACAAGAGGAGUAGAGGAGAGGGGCAUGGAAAAAGUGCUGGCCAGGCUUAAUGAUGUGACAGAUGCUCUGAAAAGCAAGGAAGGGGUAAUCGAGGAGCUGCGGGAGGCUGUGAUUGGAAACAGUGGCCAGAUCCGAAUGCUAAUGGAUGCUUCUCAGGGACCAACGGUUACUGCUAUUGCCUCCUCAGACAUAGAUAUCCUUCAGUCCUACAUUGAUACUAAGUUUGAGAAAUUAAAGAAGGAGCUGGUUUUGGAUAUGAAGGAUGAGAUAACAAAGCUGAAGAGCGCAUGUGAUGAUAAGAUAUUGUCUUGUCAGAAGACCUGUACAGAGGGAUGGAAGGGAAGUUUUGACAACCUGACAAAUCUGCUGGACAGUCAAGAGGCCGAGCUCAGGAAAGAGAUACGCGAGGUACGUCUGGAUAUGGCUAUGUCCGACGGACUGGUGCGUACUCACAGGCAAACAGCUCCAUUUAAAGAGGAUGACACUGAUAUGCGAAAUACGAUUCAGCUCCUGAUAGAUGCCCAGAAAGUCUUAAACGCCCGUGUGGACAAUGAACUGAGUCAUCUGUCCAUGCUAAAGCUGGAAGAUAUGUUUGGCCCUCGAAUGGAGGAGCUUGAAGACAGGAUGAAUGUGACGGAGAGAAACGCAGAAACCUACUGCUUCUACGUGGAUGAGAAGCUAACCAAGGCUCUAAACGAAGAGAUAGCAAAGAUCCAAGAACUCUUGGACAUCAGACUGAAUUCUAUGGAGGACCAGUUUACAAAAAUGCUGAUCGAGAUGAGUAACACCUCCUUCCCAGGGAUGUUCAGCGAGUCUGUUGAUGCCCUGCAAACUCAGGUUAAUUCAUUCAAGUAUGUGUUUCAGGGAUUGGAGGAUAAAUUGAAUGCCGUUGAGCAGAUCUGCACCACCGGCUGCAACACAGGACCAUCCACGGACCCUCAACACCUAGGUGGCCUGGAGAGUAUUAAGACGGAUCUGCGUCACUGUAGAAAUCAACUGGAUGUCCUGAGCACUAGUGUUAAAAACAAUGCGGCAAAGCUUGUAGAAUUAGACAGGGCAGUUGACCAUGUGAAGCUGGACAAUCAGCUGAACAGCGUUAGCAUGCAGGAUGUGCACAACAAGCUGAAGCCUCUGACUGAUAAUGUAAACGGUCUGACUGGGGCUGUGACAGGAUUAGGAGAUGUCAUGAGCAGAUAUAGCCAGGAUAUUCAGACCCUGAACUCUAGUUGCUGCCAAGAAGUGCAGGUAGUACCGAUUCAGCCACCAACAAUGGUACCACCUCUGUCCCAUGAGGCAAGCAAACCAAUCCACAAUCAGUUGGAGGAGCUCAGCAACAGACUAGACGGACUGAGAUCCCAGGUGACUGCAGAGCUGACCCUUUGUAAGGAGAAGGCAGCGGGUGCGGCUGAAGGGAUCUCCGCAGUAGGCAGCCGGAUUACUACACUAGAAGAAUUGUGUCGGAAGGGAAAUGAUGAAAGAAAUCAAGUUCAGGAUGUGAACGAGGAGCUGGAAAGAAACGUGGCUCAGAUGAACUCCACACUGCAAAUACACUCACGGGGGAUCAGUAACCUCCAGAUCACUCUGCACAAUGUUCAGACACAGCUUACGAACAUUAAGAACCAUACCACAAAACAGCAGGGAGUGCCAGUGAAGCAGGAGCAACCCGUUGCUUUCCCACCGAGGAGAUAUAUUCCAGAGAUCCACAUUCCUCUGCGGAUACCCCACAGGACAGUGCCUGCUACUUCCCGUCCGUUUGUACGCCAGCCCUAUGCCCCUCUUCAGCCUCAACCCUCAAGUCCACGCCAACAGCCCAAUCAAGUCAUUUUGACUGGUGUGGCCGGACCGCCCGGAUACAUGCAAAGAGUCCCCUCUCGACGGGAGCGUGGAUCCCAAGACUUAGGCAAACCCGUCAACGGAUUUGCAGGCGCACCAGCAAGCUAUCCUCCCGUAAAUCCCAUGGCGUAUAAACCCUACCCGGUCACAGCUAACCAAGUGCUCUGGAAUCCUGCACAAAGGCUUGUUGCAUCACCAGUGUCGUAUGAAAGAACGGCGGUAGACACCUUUUCCUUCUCAGCUGGUCUCACACGUCAGGAGCAUUUAGGAGACUUUGGAAUCAUCCGUUUUAAUAAAGUGCUAGUUAAUGACGGAGGGCACUACAAUCCCCAAACAGGAAUCUUCACGGUGCCUGUGAACGGUCGUUAUCUAAUCUCGGCCGUGCUGACGGCACCACGGCACGGGCGGCUCGAGGCUGUGCUCUCUGUGUCUGAGCGCAGCGUGCAGAAGCUAGACUCAGCAGGCUAUGGAGGACACGACAGGCAGCACGCAUCAAGGCCUUGUCAGUGUGGUAGUUCCGUCUCGUUCAGCCUCGUCCUCUCGUUGCGCGCAGGCGAUCGAGUCGCGCUAGUGCGCACGGCCGGCACGCUGGCCCUCUCCGAGGCCAAAGAGAUCCUCUCCACCUUCAGCGGGGUCUUCCUAUACUCCACUCAGGUUCACAGAUAACAUCUAGCAAAUAGGAAAAGGAAUGAAUAAACUGCAGACGACUGUCUGGCUGUGUCGCUCUCCACAUUUACAUGGCAGCCCGUGGCGAGCCAGACGACACUGCAACGAAAUCACUGCUUGGCUUUGGCUCGACUACAGAAAAACAAAGUGCCACACAUUGCAUUGGUUGCACCAUGGGAAGCAGUGCACUGAGCUUUUUAGACAUACUCCAAAUAUUUUCAUCAUAUAAUGUAUUUACUUACACCGCAAUUCUUAAUAUAAAAAGGUGGUUUAUCCUGAGUGACUUUAAUCAACAAACCGGACUGUAUAGAAUCAUUUAAUUAAAAAUUCCUAGCAGUAUUAUAAAUGUCUCGUCUCUAUUUUGCUAUACGUAAGGAAUAAAACAGUUGUGCUGUUAAUAGGACAAUAAUAAAGGCCUGGAUGAUGUGAUGCUGUUACCACUCUGAAGAUAACACGUCCUAAAGGCUUUUAUUCUUCUUAUUCCACAGGAAUUAACCAAAGAUUGCAAGUUUUAUUUAUUAACACACACAUUGUGCAUUCAACCAUUUCUAGUUACUGUUAAUGUUGUACAAUGUCUGCUGAACAUAGUAGGUUCUGUUAUUACUUUUUCUCUCCUGAAUACAAUGAAUGCAGCUUGUAAUGUUACCAUGAAACCACAAAGAUGUUGUCACCUCACCUUCCGGAAAUGUUAAAUAAACCUACAAAAACACAAA